AUGGGCGUGUGCCAGGGCCUCCAGGCCGAGCACGUGGACCGCGUUGACGAUGCCUUGCUGCACCUCGCCCACGAGAGCCCCAACGUCUUUACUGAGGAGCUCAAGUUUCCGAUGUAUGUUGUCCCUCUACAGACCUUCAUGCACAUGACCGCGGUGCAGCCCUUCGAAGUUCUAAUGCAAGAAGAGGCUCUGGUCAGGUACGAGCCGCACAUGGGCGAUGCUAUCUUCGUGUCGCAUCAGUGGGCGGGGCAGAACCAUCCUGAUCCGGAUUUUCGGCAGCUGCGCGUUCUGCAAGGCGCCCUCGAGAACAUGAUGAGGAGCUCAAUGGAGAUCCCUGGCCCCGCCCUUGCCUUCGUAAUUCUGGGCGAGCGACGGUGCUUUCACAGCUCGGAGCUGAUGGCCUCCGCUCUCUUCAUCUGGUACGACUACUUCUGCUGCCCGCAGCUGGAGACGAAGCCCAGCAACGAAGCCACAUCUGACCUGCAGAAUGCUGUGGACAGCAUUCCAGGGUAUGUCUACCGUGCAAAGUUCUUUUUUGUGCUGGCUCCAGUGGUUCAACAUGCUUCGGAUGGAACGCUUAUCGGAAAGAAGGCAUGGAAAACCCGUGGCUGGUGCAGAGUAGAGCGAGUUGCACGCGAAUUCCAAGACGACCCGAGGAUAGUGUAUGUUGACAGCCCGGAGAUCCAAACGCUCAUGGAGCCAUUCGAGAGCAUGCUCGCCCCACCCGGAGAGGGAGUCUUCAGUGUAGCAAGCGACAAGGAGAGGGUCUUGAAGUUGAUGAGAAGCAUGCUGCAGACACAUCUGUGCUCCUUGUUGCAGACUGCGGACCUGUAUCCCUACAGGUUUCUCUUGAACAGGUAUCGCACACACCUGGAGGCCUUCUGUGUGCAGGUUGCAGCCGCUUCCACGCGUGCCAAUGUUCUAGCACCGGUCGAACCUUCUGGUUCCGCUGCCGAGUCCGCUUCUCUUGUUUCCCUUCUCGUCCCCUUUCUGCGGGAGAACGGCUUUCGGGAUGUUUGGCGCCGGGAGUUCGGUUGGACGCCGGUCUGCUUUGCGGCACUGCGUGGCGAUCCAUCGAUCCUGGAGGCUUUGCUGCAUCUCAGGGCAGAUGUCAACGAGGAAGUGACGCAAAGCGACGAAGAGCAUCACAUCCACGCGCACAACACGCUGCUGCACGUCUGUGCACAGUUCGGCAAUAACGACGGCCUGAAGCUCUUGAUCGAUCAUAAGGCUGACAUUAACGCCAGGGGCGACAAAACAGGUUGCACUCCCCUCCAUCGGGCAGGCAUCGGCGACAACCCAGAAGGAGUGAUUCUCUUACUCCGCGCUGGAUGUGACCCCUACUUGCGGGAGAAGUUGGCUGACCAGAAUGUCUUGUAUCCCGCAUGGAUUUGGGGCUCCCAGCGUGCUGUGCAGGUGAUGCUGGAGCACAUUCCGGGUCUGGACAUAAGCUGCCUCUUGCACUUCGGGAUUCUAGGAGGCAGCAACACUGGUGAGUCUGUUGCGAAACUGAUUGCAGCGGGGGCUGACAUCAACGAGCAGUUCCGCUUCCUUCCGGACAGGUGGGAUCCAGUCUUUGCUUUGUUGGCUGCAUUCUUCCGAAAAUUUCACGGCAGCAAGCUGAGCUUCAUCAUCAGCAACUUUUAUGGGUCAACCCCGCUCGCCAUCAGUCUGCUCACAUCCUCUUUGGAGGCAGCAUCUUACCUGAUAGAAGCCGGUGCAGAUGUGAAUAUCCGGAAUGCGUGUGGUCUGCUGCCUAUCGAGCUUGCGGCCGCCACGUCGGCCCCCAGCUAUAUGGUUCAGCGGCUCAAAGAGAAAGCAGCUCACGGCAAGCCAACCCAGAACAUAGCUGGAGUAGCUCUAGAAACUGUUUGUAUUUCAUUCUGA